AUGGCUAAAGAAUUAGAAGAAAGUCAAAGUGAGUUAAGCGAACUGAUGAGACGUCGCACAGAACUUGCUGAAACUCUCACUGCACUCGAGCAGCAAAUUUACAAUUUUGAAGGUUCGUACUUGGAAGAAACUGCAGAUUAUGGAAAUGUUGUGAAAGAAAUAACUUUGCUACAGAAUAAAUUUAAUGCAAAAGCAAUUCAAGUGGCAGAUGUGAAAGUAUAUUUAGUUUAUACUUCAACAACUAUAUUCGAUCCAUUACUUAUUACAUACCACUUGUAUGAGCUUCAGUUGAGAGAUAUUUCAGAAAUAAGCGAAACAUUUACUUCGUCUAAUUUAGGUUGGGAUCGACUAACGUUAGUUGCUCCACCGUCAAAGAGUAACUUGAAAUUGGAUAAGAAAGGUGCAAGAAAAGGUAUGCGGGAAUCAGAACGACUUUUUUCGAAUUCUUCAGUUACUUCACCCGCAUCGUUAAGUCGUAGUAACAUUCAGCAACCAUCUCAUGAAGAUAGCCCAUCUGUUAUCGCAAAAGCUUCACCAAGUGGAGAUCUAUCACCUAAAAAAAGUGGUAGUAAGAAAAGUCGUCGUAAUGACUGA